UCGAUAUUGGAAUGGAAGAAGUAUUUGUACAGGGGAGUUUGCAGAGCACAUGGUUAGAUAUGUUCAGGAGCACGUGUGUUUCCUGCAGGAAACCCACACGAUGAAUGCUGAGUUGAACAACAUCCAUCCUGAGAGAAGCAGCAGAGCGCAGUCACGCUGCAGUCACGGUCUCAGGUUAUCGGAUGAGUCGUCUCAGCAGUGAAAGAGUCAAGGAUGCAGUUAUUUUAGUGGCCGUGGGCGUGUCCUGUUCAGAUAACGGGACAGGCUGAGGAGAUCUGGGAUCAGUCUGUGAAAACUACCGCAACUCACAACAACAAUAAAACCAGGUUUAAACCCCGUUAGAAGAACAUGCGACCGGGAGGGACGGUGAUCUGAGCUACGGUGGGUAGACGACGUUAGAGAUGUGACGGUUGAGUGAGAGAAAAGUCCGUUUAACACGCUUUCAAAAGUCGGUCCUCACAUUAAAAACAGAACUGGUUUCGUUAGGCUUCGUUUAAAAAAAAAAUCCAUAAUGCAAAGCGACAAACCAGAGUCGAGCGAACCGAAGGGAGCCGAAGGUCCAAGCGACACCGAGGAGAAAGCACCGACCGCGGUCGCCACGCUCGACGCUCCGGCUCCGAAGGGGAUCAGCGCCGUUGCGGUUCUCUGGACCUUCGGGAAAUGUCUCGGGGCCCUGCUGCCCGUCUACCUGGCCGGGUACUACCGGGUCAGCACCAGCCUGCUGGUGUUCGGCAUGAUGGUCUACACCGGGUGGAAGCACGCCCGAGAGGCCAAGGAGUCGCGCCUGAAGUCGGCCAUCCAGCUGCUGGACAACGAGCAGGAGUACACGUCCAUGAAAGUGUCCAGGAUCAAGAGAGACCUCCCUGCAUGGGUCAACUUUCCAGACGUUGAGAAGGUUGAGUGGCUGAAUAAGGUGCUGCAGCAGGUGUGGCCCUUCGUCGGCCAGUACCUGGAGAAGCUGCUUGUGGAGACCAUCGCUCCAUCCAUCCGAAACUCAAGCUCCCACCUCCAGACCCUCAGCUUCACAAAAGUGGACAUGGGAGACAAGGCCAUGAAGGUUGUAGGGAUCAAGGCACACACAGAGAAUGACAAGGGACAAGUCCUGCUGGAUCUGUAUAUCAGCUAUGUUGGUAACGUGGAGAUCAAUGUGGAGGUGAAAAGAUACUUCUGCAAAGCUGGAGUCAAAGGAAUACAGCUACAUGGGAUGAUGAGGGUGAUUCUGGAGCCUUUGAUUGGAGAUGUGCCCAUAGUGGGCGCUGUCACCAUGUUUUUCAUCCGCAGGCCCAAACUGGACAUUAAUUGGACGGGAUUGACUAAUUUGUUGGACGUCCCUGGACUGAAGUGGUUCACUCUGAAGGACACUCCAUCAGGACGGGUUCAUUUCAGACUGGAGUGGUUGACCUUGCUGCCAAGCAGCGAUCGACUAGAGCAGAUCCUAAAGAGGAACGAGAGUGUGACUAGUAAGACUGCUGAUCCACCAUCUUCUGCCAUCUUGGUUGUGUAUCUGGACAAGGCUGAGGCACUUCCUAUGAAGAAGGGAAAUAAAGAGCCCAAUCCCAUGGUGCAGUUGUCUGUGGAGGAUGUCACAAGAGAGAGCAAGACUUGUUACACAACUGUUAAUCCAGAGUGGGAGGAAGCGUUUACCUUCUUCAUCCACAAUCCACUCAAACAGGACAUAGACAUUCAGGUGAAGGAUGCCGACCGUGUACAGACCUUGGGCAGUCUGACUAUCCCUUUGUCCCGUUUGUUGUCCAACGCCAAUCUUUCUCUGGACCAGUGGUUCCAGUUGGACAGUUCUGGAACAGCCAGUCGCAUCUAUAUCAAUGCAGUUCUCAGGGUCCUGUGGUUAGAUGAGGAACGUAUUGCAGCAGAUGUGUCAUCUGAUCUGGCAGCUGGACUUUCCAAACAGCUGCCUCAACAGAGCUCCCCCCAUCCAAGCUUUGCCACAGAGGGAGUGCUCAGGAUUCACCUGUUGGCAGGUCAGAAUCUUGUUCCGAAAGACAACCUGAUGGGAGGAAUGGUGAAAGGGAAAAGUGAUCCUUACGCCAAGAUCAAUGUUGGGGGCGAAACAUUCACAAGUCAUGUGAUCAAGGGCAAUCUUAACCCCACAUGGAAUGAGAUGUACGAGGUGAUUCUAACACAACUGCCAGGCCAGGACCUGCUUGUGGAACUGUUGGAUAAAGACAUGGACAUGAAGGAUGACUUCAUGGGAAGGUUGAAGAUUAGUUUGAAGGACAUCAUUGAUUCCCAGUACACUGAUCAGUGGUACACUCUCAGUGAUGUGAAAUCUGGUCGAGUUCACCUGGUGCUGGAAUGGGUUCCAACAUCCUCAGAGUCCGAGAGGUUGGACCAGGUUCUUCAGUUCAAUUCCAGACAGUCCUACAAGAACAAAGCCCUUCCCUCGGCAGGCCUCCUGUUUGUGUACAUCGAGCAAGCAGAUGGUUUACCAGUGAAGAAGAGCGGAAAAGAUCCUAAAGUGGGAGCAGAGCUGACUCUUGGAGAAAUGUCUCGCAAAACGACAGUAUGUGAGCGCAGCACAUCACCUCAGUGGAAUGAGGCAUUCUGUUACCUGGUUCAAGAUCCCAGAAAAGAUAUUCUUGUAAUCAAGUUCUCUCACAGCUGGACCCUGCCCAUUGGUUCCCUGGUGGUUCCUAUUAGAGAGCUGCUGUCAGAACCAGAGCUGGUCCUGGACCAGUGGUUCAAUCUGGAUGGAGCCUCACCAGAAAGUCGGGUUCUUCUAAGGGCUGAACUUAAGUUGCUGAUUCCCACCAAAUGUCCUGGUGCCAUUGAUAAGGCCAUGGUCACUUCAGCAUCAGACCCCUCUCCUGCUCAGCGAAAACCUGAGACAGAGACAGUGCUGAGGUCCAGUUCAGUGGACGCUCCUCGUGUGGAGACCAUCGUCUCCUCAGUCACUCCACACGAAGACGUUGACAUAAAGGAAAGGGCAGCUGAUGUGAUUGAAGAGAAGGUUGAAGAAACACCAAGUCCUGUCAUGGCACAACCUCCCCACACUUCUCCUGACCUCAGCUUUGCCAGUGAGGGGCUGCUGAGAAUCAUCCUGCUGGAGGCCCAGAGUCUGGUUGCCAAAGACAAUAAGAUGGGUGGUAUGGUAAAGGGCAAGAGUGACCCCUAUGCAAAGAUCAGUGUUGGAGAUGAUGCAUUUAAGAGUAACGUGAUCAAGGACAAUCUCAACCCUGUCUGGAAUGAAAUGUAUGAGGUGGUGCUGAGGCCCCAGUCUGGACAGGAGAUGCAAGUAGAACUAUACGACAAAGACAUGGACAAAGAUGACUUCCUGGGCAGAUUCAAAAUCAGUGUCGCAGAUAUCAUCCAUUCCCAGUACAUAGACCAGUGGUACACGCUGAAUGACGUGAAGUCUGGACGUGUUCGCCUGAUAUUGGAGUGGGUUCCAGCAGUGUCCUGUAAUAACAACCUGGAGCAAGUGAUGCAGCUACAGUCUCUCCAGUCUUACCAGAACAAGGCUGUUCCCUCUGCAGCUCUGUUCUUUGUUUAUGUGGACAGAGCACACUCAUUGCCUUUCAAGAAGAGUGGAAAGGAGCCCAAGGCUGGGGCUGAGCUUGUAUUUGGAAACACAACCUACAAAACCAAGGUUUGUGAUCGCUCCAGAUCUCCUCAGUGGAGUGAGCCAUUCUACUUUUUGGUGCAGGAUCCUAAAGAGGAGAUGCUCAUAGUGAAGUUGUCGAGUGCGUGGGACCAGCCAAUGGGAUCUCUGGUUGUUACUGUCAGAGAGCUGCUCACUGAGCCACAGCUGGUCCUGGACCAGUGGAUGCAUCUGGAUGGAGCUUUACCUGAAAGUGAGAUUCUACUUAGGGCUGAACUCAAGAUCCUGAAUUCAAGGAUGACUGAAGUUCCACAGCCUUCUGUGACUAGUUCAGAGAAAGAAGAGGUUGUCACCAGCUCUGACAAAGCAUUCAGAGCAGCGAUGGAAGAGGAAGAAAUCCCAGAGCUGCCAACACAUGAGUCUGUUGCUGUAUCCAACCAGCCCAAACAACCCGAAGCAGCAGAAACAUGUACUCCCACGGCUCCUGCUGAACCAGCUGCCGUUUACGCUGCACCUGAAACAUUCCCCUCUGCUGUUGCUCUGGAGAAAGAACAAACAGAUGCGGAGGAGUGUCCCUCACAAUCACACACAUCAGUGAAAGGAGACUUUGAACCACAGCAAACAAAGGGUGCUGGUCCCGAUAGCCUUGCUUUCGCCACAGUGACUGGUCUUCCUGCUGAAACCCUGGGUCCAGCAGAGCCUAAAGAAACUCAUCCAGCACACACCAGCCCCAGCAAGGACUUUGGGGAGGAGGGGGUGCUGAGGAUUCACCUGCUGGAGGCCCAGAAUCUGGUGGCAAAGGACAACCUGAUGGGAGGCAUGGUGAAGGGCAAGAGCGACCCCUACGUCAAAAUCAACAUAGGUGGCGUUAUGUUUAAGAGUCACGUUAUAAAAGAGAAUCUUAACCCAACGUGGAAUGAAAUGUAUGAGACGGUGUUGAGCAGGAACAGCCUCCAGGAGAUCAAGUUUGAAGCGUUCGAUAAAGAUCUAGAUUCUGAUGACUUCCUGGGCAGAUUCAGCAUUAAGCUGAACGAGGUGAUCAGAUCACAGUACACAGAUCAGUGGUACACGCUGAACGACGUGAAGUCUGGGCGGGUUCAUUUGAUACUGGAGUGGGUUCCUACAGUUUCACAUUCAAUCAGACUUGACCAGGUCCUGCAGCUUCAAACUCUCCAGUCUUUUCAGAACAAAACGGUCCCCUCUGCUGCUCUGCUCUUUGUCCACAUGGAGAGAGCACAAUCAUUGCCUUUGAAGAAAAGUGGAAAGGAGCCCAAAGCGGGUGCUGAGCUCAUUCUGGGUGAAACAACAUACAAAACCAAACUGUGUGACCGCAGCACCAGUCCUGAGUGGAACGAGUCUUUCUUCUUCCUGGUCCGUGAGCCAAAACAUCAGAUGCUCGUCGUAAAGCUGUCGAGUGGCUGGGACCAGCCAAUGGGAUCUCUGGUUGUUACCAUGAAGGAGCUUCUUGCAGAACCACAUCUGGUCCUGGACCAGUGGUUCCGUCUGGAUGGCGCCACGCCUGAGAGUCAAAUCCUCCUGAGGGCUGAGCUCAAGAUCCUGGAUUCCAAGAUGGUGGAUUUGAUCAGUGCAGGCACUCUGCCCUGUGCCGGCUCUGGAGCUGGGCAGGUGAAGUUGACGCUGUCGUACUCCUCACAGGACAGGAAGCUCAUUGUGUUCGUCCAUGCUUGCAGAGGUCUGAUGCCUCAGACAAAGGAUGGUGUCGACAGCUACGUCUCCCUCAUGUUGCUGCCAGACAAAAGCAAGGCCACCAAGAGGAAGACAGCAGUGAAGAAAAGAGACGUGCAGCCAGAAUACAAGGAGAGGUUUGAGUAUGAUCUACUGAUGGAGGAGACGAGAUUCAGGCGCCUCAGUGUAUCAGUGAAAAACAACUCGGCCUCGUUCAGGAGCCGUGAUGUGAUUGGACAGGUGCAGAUCGAGUUGGCUGAAGUUGACCUGAUUCCUGGCAUCACAGAAUGGUUCACUCUGAAAGAUGACGCUGAAUAGACGCUCUGAUGCUGAUGGAGUACAAUGAUAACGAUGAUGUCAUUGCUCAACUUGGCAUUGUGCCAUUGCUGCAACUCACUCUGAUGCCUUCUCCUUUACACCUCUGCAUACAACGCCACCUUGGCAGCCUUACCUGCAUCCACCCAGCUCUAUGUGUAUCAACAUGCCGUAUUAUAUAGAAGUGGACUGCACUGAAUGUUCACAUACAUAGUCUCACCAAAGAUACGUCUUCACAUACAUACAUACUCUCACCAAAGAUACAUCUUUACAUACAUCCAUACAAAGAUAAGUUGGCUGAAGUAGCUGAGUUGACAAGGUUAAAGUGCAUGUUUAUUUUGAAUGAAGGUUAUUUUACUAUAGGAAGAAAAUAAUAGAAUUUGAAAGAUUGAGUGGAGAAGAGGGAAGAUGUAACGGGACAGAAAGAAUUGAGUCAUGUUUUGUUUUUGCUAUUUUUGUCGCUGCAAGAAUGUUUGAUUGAGAGUAUCUUAUCAGAAGAGCAGUAGCAUUUGUAGACCAUUGUUAUGGUUGCACAUGGAUGCUAAUAGUAGUAUUUCGGAUCUGAAACGAGAGGUUGACAUCGGGUUUAAUAUAUAUUUUUCGAUGCUUUGCUACAUUUGUGUUUGAAUUUGCUUUUGAAAACAAUUUUAUAUGUUUUUUACUUUGUAUCUGUUACAUUGCACCUGCGUUACAAUCAAAUUGUGCUGUAUUUGAUUUUGUGUAUAUUUGCAAAAAUCAUGGAUCAGAUAUUGUUUGUGGAAAGAUGAAAAAUAAACAGAUUUUGCACAUCUCCCCUCA